GUUUGUGGAGUGCCAAAUUUCUUUCUUUCUCGUGUUUUGCCUCAAGCAGAUCGCUUGUACGGAAAUCGGUGAAAAUUACCGAAAUUUGUUCAUCCUAGCUCAAUAUGGACAAGACGUUUGUGCUCGCGCGCGUUACCAAGGUUCUGGGCCGUACCGGAUCGCAGGGACAGUGUACCCAGGUGAAGGUGGAGUUCCUGAACGAGCAAAACCGACAGAUCAUCCGCAAUGUAAAGGGUCCCGUCCGCGAGGGCGACAUUCUGACCCUGCUGGAAUCUGAACGUGAGGCAAGAAGACUCCGGUAAACAUGCUCCAACUUCGCUAUGCUUUCCACGGGUAGAACAUUCUGCCGCCGCAAGGUUAUGUUUCCACUCUGUGUACGUCGGUACAACACAAUCCGGCUGACGACGAAAACUUGAUCGAGAAACCCGGUGGUUGCAACGAAUGUAUAUCCGUAAAACUUCGUGUUAGUGGAAGUAAAGAAUGAGAAGUGAAAGCUAAUGAAA